CAUGUCCCCAACUCCAUGGGGUCUCCAAUAUCCUGUGGGGUGUAGAUCCUGACCUGAGGGGGCCCCUCGUGGGUGGGCACGAACCUUACACCCCUGGUUUGGAGCUGGGUCCCCAGCUGAGGCCAGGAUGGCUGCACCCCAUCCUCCCCCCCAUCCCCACAGGAACUGCUUCAUCUCAUUGGGUUUGUUUUCACCUGAAUGGUGACAUUUGUGUGACAUUUUCUACCUCCGCUGGGGCCGGGGGUGGCAGGGCCUGGCUGGCACCACUGAGGGGUUUGUGCGGGGCCGCCGGCGUUCCCCGGAUUCCCCAAAGUGGGAUUCACCCCCAGCCGUUCUCCCCUCCUGGGCUGGCAUCCCUUCCCAGCCAGGAGCAUUUCCAUUCACUCCUUCAUCAGCAUCACCCCCUUCCAGCUCUGCAGUAUAAACCUGAGCUGGGACCCUCCGUCCCUCCCCUGACCUCACCCUGUGUCCCCCCUGCCUGUCCCCAGACCGUGCCCCACCUGCCCUGGCUGCUCCUGCCUCCCCAGAGGAGUGGGGCUGCUCGGGCUCUGGGUUUGAAUGUGUCCCUGGUCCUGCCCAGAUCCACCGGCCCCCACCGAGGGGCUGUGCUGAAUGUACCCUGUGCCCCCCGGCUGGGACUGUCCUGGGGGGCUCUGUGUGUGUGUGUGUGUGCGUGUGUGUGUGUGUGCGUGUGCAGGGGCUGGCAGGGGUUUGCAGGGCAGGGGAGCUGUUGGACACCCCAACCUUGUGCUGCCCACCUUGCCCCCCACACCCACAGCCCCUGUGCCUUCCCUGCAUCCCCUGUGCCCUUGCCAUGGCUCCAAAGGGUUCUGGCCUCUGUCUGCCCCGAGCCACAGUGCCAAGCCCUGCCUGGGCAGGGGAGUAUGGGCAGCACUGAGAGCCCCUCUGUGCCAUAGGGCACCGUGUGAGGCACUGGAGGAGUGGGAUGGGAGAGCUGCACCUGGGAGCUGUGGGGAUGUGGGGUCCUUGAGGGACAGUGUGGGUGCCCAGCCCUGUGACAUGGCCAGGCUGGGAGGGAUGUGGUGGCACUGGGGUGGCAUCACGUUGCUUUUAUUUCCCAUUUUUUGGUAGCUGGGGUGACAGCAGGCUGGGCUAGCCAUCGCUGGGUUGACUGGUGCUAACUGGUGCUAACUGGAAGCCUUGGAAACCCUUUGGAGGAGGGUGCAGAGCAUGGCUGGGGCUGGGCAGUGGGCUGGGCCCCUGUCACCUGCACUGCUCCUUCAA